UCAUUAGUUUAUUUCCUUAACUUUAUUUCCCAUAUGGUCUGGUGCUUGCAUUUUUUCAUUAAAGAUAUGCACGAAGCCUUUGAAAUAUACCCAUGCUAUCCUCCAAAAAUGGAGGAUAAUUUCACCCACAAUGCAAAGUGACUUUCCAUAUAUGGUAAAUAUCAGCAGCCAUCUUAAAUUGAAAUUGAGCUAUCCUCCAAAAACGGAGGUUGCCUAGACCUGUUGAUGAUGGCAUUAUCUGAGUCCCAAAUACCAGCUGACGCCCAGCAUUAUUUGGUGUGUGGCACUGAAGACUGUGAGAGGAACUGCCAGUUUUACUGCAAUGACUGUCACCAACCAUUGUGUGAACAAUGCAGAGAUGAACAUCAGAAGAAUAAGAAAACCCAGAAUCAUGAAGUUGUCCCUUAUAAGUUACGCAAACGUCAACUUCCUGUAGAAAAAUGCAAGAUCCACCCCACAAAAAAAAUAGAUCUUCUCUGUGGGGAAUGCCAAUUUCCCAUUUGUUCUAAAUGCACAGGCACCAAAGAACACCGCGGUCAUUGGUUUACCAACCUAGAAAUGGUCUUUGCCGAAAAGGUUUCGAUUUAUAACAAAGAAAUUGCCAACAUUCGAUGCUAUUUUGAGCCUACUUCUCAAGAUCUGAAAAAGGAAAUUGCAGGAGAUGUCACAGAAAUAAAGAAGAUUAUGGAGGGUAUAAGAACAUCCAUGAAAGCUGAAGCUGAGUCUGUGAAAAAGCUGGUAGACACACUAACAUCAGAUAAUAUAGAACAAGUCGACAAAUUAGAACAGUCAUUACUGCAAACAUUAAACGACCAAAACCAACAAAUAGAUGACUACAUCAAUUCUCUCAAUGAUUUAGUCAGAACGUUUUAUGGUUACCUAUCUCCCUCAAACAUAGAAGAAUUAACAUUUGCCCUCAAAUCAGAAAACUCGGUCAUUAGACCCCUUCCAGAGACAUCCAAACCAGUCCCACCCAUAUUUACUGUUGGUCAAUACAGCAAGGAAGAUGUCGCCAAACUACUGGGUAGAAUAACUGUCCCCAACACUAAACCAGAGAACAGAAAAAUAAAACCCAUGGAGACUGCCUCUACACAGUUGAAACCUACAGGGAAACAGAGGAAACAAGACAGAGAGAAAUCUGACGUGGAACAAACACUGUGUCUAUCUUCCUCUGUCACCAAGGUCAGAAAGUACACAGUACCAGGUGUUGAUGAUGUAUAUCAUAUAUCACUGGGUAAAUCAGGCAGACUGUUGUUCAAUGAUUAUGAUGGUAACCUUGUCCAAACAGAUCUACAGGAGAAUCAGCUACAGAAGAUACAAACCAGUGGUGGAUCUGGCUACCACACAGUCACACAGGACGGGGAUCUGAUCUAUACAGAUAAACGCAACAAAGUCAUCUAUAGGAUAACACCGGAUAAUACAAUCACUGAAUUCAUUAAAACAGGAGACUGGGAACCACUCAGUAUACACUCCUCCCACAUCAACGGGGACAUACUGGUGGGGAUGUGGAAGGAUGGAGAGGGUAAAGUCACCAGGUACAACAAGACAGGGACAGAAAUACAGAACAUACCGAGAGACAACAAAGGACAGGUACUGCGUACUUACCCACACUACAUCACAGAAAACAUCAAUGGUGAUGUCUGUGUAUCAGACUGUGGGAUAGAUGCUGUAGUGGUGAUGGAUAAAUCAGGACAACACAGGUUCUCCUACACAGGUAAGGGGUCAGGGUUUACUCCCUAUGGAAUAUGUACUGAUGUUCUCGGUCACAUCCUGAUAUGUGAUUAUGGCAGUGAAACAGUUCAUCUUCUGGAUCAGGACGGUCAGUUCCUGUCUCUACUACUCACAUUACAACAAGGGGUAGAACAUCCCCGUAGUGUGUGUUUGGAUGGUGAGAACAAUCUCUGGGUGGGACAACGUAACACCAACACAGUGACAGUGUACAAGUAUCUACAGUGAACAUUGCAUAUCCAUACAUCCUUUAGGUAAUGUGUGUUUAUGUUACUAUAACAUCAUGUUAGUGCACAAUAACUGAUAUUUACACGUACAGUACUUAUUAUAAUUUAUACAAUGACUCAUGUAUAACCUGUGUGCUAUUCUCUAAUAUCAAUUCAUGGAUUAUUGUUCAUUGCUGGAGAAUUGACGAAUAAAUAUAUAAACUGAUAUAUGUAUAAAGAACAUUUAUUUUUAGCAUUUAGAAACUGCUUACUACAACCUUAUGAAAAGCUAAUAAUUGUUAUUAAACUUAUUCCACUAUUAACCAAUGCACGCAACAUGAGAUGACAAUAAAAAGUAAACACUUGUAGAAAAAUGUGAAUUUAUUUUGAGGUAAAAUUUUCAUUUGAACAAAUCUGUCUUUAAACGAUGAGAUAAGUAAACUAAAUACAUGACAUUGUAUCAUAUUUCUAUAGAAAAAGAGGAGGGGGGGGGGGUGUUUAGACAAAUUCUGUAAGUACUGGGGUUUUACUACUGUGGGGUAUAAUUACCAUGUCUAUUGAUUUCAACUAAGCUUCAGUAGUAUACAAGAUGGACAUCAUCAUUUGCAGAACAAAAAUGUACAAUCAUUUGUUUUGUAAAUAAAACAAAAUGUGUUAUACAAUCUGGAUAUCUUUGAUAUACAAAUUUUAUUCAUACUUGUAAUAUUGUUUAAAAAUUCAUUCUUUUCACAAUACAAAAUCAUUUCUGCCUUUCUAAAAAUUCAUGUUAACAACGUUAUUCUAAAUAAAUAUGAUCAGUUACUUAAUGACCAAGAUUUCAAUAGUUGUAAUCUGUUAACAUGGAACAACAAUAUCCAGAGAAGCAUUGAUGGAAAGAUGGACAAAUAGACACAAAAAAUAGCUAGGGUGGGGGCAUAUGCUAUCUCUGCUUGAAAUUGGUGAAAGAAUGAGUUUAAUGUAAAGAGAGGCAGCUUGAAUCUCCGGGAGACUCUUUCCAUCAGAAUUCUAAUUGCUGGUGCACUAAUACUUAUAUGAAAUCUCGGACGUUUGUGAAGUCAAAGAGAAAUGAUAUUUUACCUAUAUUUGUACUGAUUAUUACCCCAAUAGUAUAAAAAUCAAAAAUAAUUUGCAUUCAACUAACUUUUUUAACAACCGUGUACAAUGGGCCCAGUAAAUAAUUUCCUAUAUACAUGGUUGCUUGGUAAAAAGAAAUAUCAGGAUUUGCAAGUUUUGUAUUUUCUACAAUUAUAGCACCAUAUGAAACAUACAUGAACAUCUACAACUUCUAAUAUCCUUUUGUAUACAUUGAAAAAAUAUGUAAGAAAGCAUAUAGAAGCUAAUAUUGUGACAGGCAAUAUUUGAUAAAAUUGUGUAUGCUACAGUGUGAAAAGAAAUACAUGAGUAAUUUACAGUAAAUCGAAUUCAUUUUGGUUGAUGGUUAAUAAAAUAAAGCAAAAGAUGUGAAUCAAUAGAAAUCAUUAUAUUACGAUGCAAUAUAUAGGUAUAUCAGAUCAAUUGACCCUGGUCAAUGUAUCCAUGGAAACCAAACCUUAAUGUAUUAUGCCCUAUAUUAACUUGCCACUUACUCCUUUAUCAAACCAUAUCUUAUCACCAGUAAAAGUUUUAAAAAGCCAAUUUUCUUGGUUUUUGCAAAAAGUCUGCCCAUGUUUCAGAAAAAGGGGUGGAGGUAAAUAUCUUAUAGCUCCCAGAGGAGCCUUUAAUUUUAAUAUCCAGAUUUUUUUUCAAGAGGGGGGGGGGUGAAUUUAGAACAGAGAUUGAACUAGAACUGUAAUGGGACUAAUACCCCCGCAAGGCUAAUUUCAAAUGGGACUAAUAAUUGAAUUGAAUAAUAAAGGUUUGGAACACAUACAAAAAAAAUUCUAGAAUUGUAAAAAAAAAAAAUUAGUUAACAAAGAAAAAUUAAAAUCAAAAUUGUCAGAAUUUCACUGUAAAUACAUAUCUAUAACAGUAAUACAUUUACAAAUGUAUGUAUCUGAUGAUAUAUUUUUUAAAAAUUUAAUUGAUUUAAAGAAAAACCAACAAAAUGACAAUAACCCCUCCCUUUGCAGUAAAUGGAAAUACCGGUAGCCAAGCAAUGCUCUUCUGUUGAUAAAACUUUCAAUAUCUUUCUAAUAAGAGUCUUGACACAUGCAAUUGGUUGUUUCAAAUUUUCCUCACUUUCUCCUAUGGCACAAUGGAACUCCAUAUCAGAAAAUUGAUCCCAUAGGACUAUGAUUUUCUUUGAUGAGCUUGUUAAAUUUAAUAAACUCCCAAAACAUUACCAUAAUUACCAUACUAUGUAAAAA